AUGAUUCGCACAGUAAAACCUCGUAAUGCACGCUCAAAACGUGCGCUCGACGACCGCGAAGCAAAGCUUGUUGAGAACCAAAAGAAGACCUUGUUCCUCUCUGGUACAACCACUAGCGAGCUGAGCAGACAGGCUCUUGGAGAUCUUCACGCACUCAAGAAGCCCCAUGCCAUCAAGUUCACUAAGAAAAAUGCAGUCCACCCAUUCGAGGAUGCUGCUCCCCUUGAGUUCUUUUCUACCAAGAACGACGCCUCUUUUCUCGUCCUUGCUACACACUCAAAGAAGCGACCCCACAACCUUACAUUCGCACGCACAUUCGACCACAAGAUCCUGGACAUGAUCGAGUUCGGUAUCGAGGAAUCUAGCUUCCGCCCUCUCGAGUCUUUCAAGAACGCCAAGUUCGCCAUUGGAAUGAAGCCCAUGAUCUCAUUCAGUGGGAGUUUGUUCGACUCUGCGCCAAACUACAAACUCGUCAAAUCUAUGUUCCUCGACUUUUUCAGAGGUGAAACAGUAAAAGCAAUUGAUGUUGAAGGGCUGCAGUACAUCGUCAGUAUUGCGGUUAGUGAGCCAACGGAUCUGGUUCCUAGCCCGCCAGUACAUAUUAGGGUGCAUAUGAUCAAGACGAAGAAGAGUGGACAGAAGUUGCCGAGGGUGGAAGUGGAAGAGAUUGGGCCCAGAAUAGACUUUAGGAUUAGGAGAAUCCAGGAACCGGAUGAAGCUAUGAUGAAGGAGGCACUUAAGAAGCCUAGACAGCUUGAGGCGAGAUCGAAGAGGAAUAUCGAGACAGACAUAAUCGGAGACAAGCUCGGACGUAUCCACACCGGAAAGCAAGACUUGAACAAGAUGCAGUCAAGAAAGAUGAAAGGGAUGGUAUACUUACUUAAUGGAGUUCAUGAGUCUGUGGUCAUAAAAGUGUACAUUUAA